UCCAAAUUCCACCCUAUAAUUUAUACAGAAUUAUUAGAGAGCAAAAGUUGUAAGAAUAUAUCAAAAGUGCGGAUAAAAAUAAAGUGGUCAAGAAUGAACAACACAUCAUCAAUGACUCCUCUUACUGCCCAGAGGUUGAAAGGUAAGGUUGCAAUCAUAACCGGAGGAGCAAGUGGGUUAGGAAAGGCCACAGCAAAACUCUUCGUACAACACGGCGCCAAAGUUGUGGUUGGAGAUGUCCAAGAUGAGCUAGGACUAUCCUUGUGCAAUGAAAUAAUUGCUUCCACCACCAACGACAACGAUCACAAAAACAUAAUCACUUACAUUCAUUGUAAUGUAUCCGAUGACAAUGAUGUCAAAAAUCUUAUUGAUCUCACCAUCUCUAAACACGGAAAACUCGACAUCAUGUUCAACAACGCUGGUAUAUACGGUGACACAACCCCAUCUAUUUUAGCUACCACGAAUGAGAAUUUUAAAAGCGUGUUUGAAACAAACGUGUAUGGUGGCUUCUUAGGAGCUAAGCAUGCCGCGAGGGUAAUGAUUCCGGCUAAGUCCGGAGUCAUUCUCUUUACGGCUAGCAUUGCAUCGAUGAUGGCUCUCGAUGCACCUCAUGCAUACACCAUGUCGAAGCACGCAAUCAUUGGUUUGAUGAAGAACUUGUGUGUUGAAUUGGGACAAUAUGAUAUUAGGGUGAAUGCGAUAUCGCCUUGUGCUGUUUCUACGCCAUUAGCAACGAAUGCAUUGGGGAUGGAUAAGGAGACGAUCGAUGAAGUAAUUCGUGAAUCUUAUGUGCUCAAAGGGGUUAAAUCAGAGCCCUUGGAUGUUGCUAAUGCAGCAUUGUUUUUGGCAAGUGAUGAAGCUAAGUUUGUGAGUGGUGCUAAUUUUGUAGUUGAUGGUGGUUAUACUGUUACUAAUCCAUCUUUUACCAUGGCUCUCAUUAAACAUUCUGUAUGAUCUAAAGAAAGGCUAUAUUGAACAUUGGCCCAAGGAAAAUAAGGUGGUUUAGAAUGAAAAUCACAAUGGUAUUGGUACAAUGUAAUAAGGCUUAUUUUAGCAAGCACAAUGUUAGUGAAGCACGACGUAAA